UAGGCAUAACCCGAAAGAAAUAGAGGAUGGAUUUGAUCUGUUGUUGCCACACGUGGAAGUGAAAUGACUCCAGCAGAACCCUGGUUGCAACGGAUUCCACCUAAUGUGAGAGCGUGACAACUGCCUUGAAAAAAACCUAUAUAUUUCUGCCUACCUCAAAUGGGACAUCACGUCUUACUGUGUGCACUGGAAUAAAAGACAAAGUAAACAGUUUUUUUCAUCAUGGAUUGUCAAGAAAAUGAGUACCGGGACCAGUGGGGGCGCUGUGUCACCUGCCAACAAUGUGGCCCUGGACAGGAGCUCUCUAAGGACUGUGGUUAUGGAGAAGGUGGAGAUGCGAACUGCAUAGCAUGCCCUCCCCGAAAGUAUAAAAGCACUUGGGGACAUCACAGAUGUCAGACAUGCAUCACUUGUGCUGUCAUCAAUCGGAUCCAGAAGGCCAACUGCACAAAUACCUCUAAUGCUAUCUGUGGAGACUGUCUGCCCAGGUUCUACCGAAAGACACGCAUUGGGGGCCUACAGGACCAAGAAUGCAUCCCAUGUACAAAACAGACUCCUUCUUCUGAGGUUCAGUGUACCUUCCAGUUGAGCUUAGUGAAGGUAGAUACACACACUGUUCCCCCUAAGGAAGCCACACUUGUUGCACUGGUGGGAAGUCUGCUAGUGGUAUUUGCCCUGGCCUUCCUUGGACUCUUCUUCCUCUAUUGCAAACAGAUCUUCAACAGACAUUGUCAAUGUGGAGGUUCAUUGCAAUAUGAAGCUGAAAAGGCAGUGGAGGAGGAUUCUCUUUUCCCUGUGCCACCUGGCCAGGAGACCAGUCCUGAAUUUCCAGCAAAUGAGAGCAUCUUUGAGAUCAAGCCACUUAACUCCAUCCUGGAUGAUGACUGCAGCUCCACUCGCGGCUUUCCCACCCAGGAGUCCUUUACCAUGACCUCCUGUGCCUCAGAGAGCCAUUCUCAAUGGGUCCAUACCCCCAUUGAAUGCACAGAGCUGGACCUGCAAAAGUUUUCCAGCUCUAUCCCCUCUACUGGAGCUGAAACUUUGAGAGAGAACACAGCCGAAAACUCAGGAGACAGCCUGGAGCUCUAUGUACCUUUUGAAGUUCCCAGCCUUUAACACUACCAAGGUGAACUUGAAAGGUAGGGCUAAAGGACCAGAAGGUGCAGACUACCCUCACAAAAUUUCCAACCUGGGUUCUGUUGCUCCAUAGGGUUUAGAAAGAAGAAUAGCAGGAAACUAGGACUGAUAGAGGUUGGAGAAGCACAAUACUUUUGAGCUAAGUUUACAUUAGACUGCUAGGUCAGUUGUCUGGAGACCAGGCAGGUUGACAUGAGGCCAAUUUCUUCAUCCAGACUCUACUAUCAAGCAGUCAUAUUCAAUUUUCUCCUUUCAUAUGUAUAAGCAGCACAACAAUAUAGAGAUAUGUAGCUCAAUAUUCAGAGAAAUACCAGUUCCUGAAUAGCUUUAUACACUUGGGCAAAUAAUUUUACUUCUUUCAGACACAGAGACUUCAUCUCAUAACUUUUCUUGAGGAUUGAAUGAAAACAUAUGCAAAUGUCCUUUGUAGUGUCUGCAUGGUAGGCCUUUUUUCCCCCUUUCCCUGUGCUUGCUCAGUCACAAAUUAGAAAUUCCUCUUGUAUUGGCUACAUAUCAUUCUGAACUUCCUAACUUAACCCCUGUGUGGUAGGCAAAUAAGAAAUACAUUUUAAACAAGCGGGAAUUGAUCAACAAAGAUCAAAAGUGAUUUGCUUAAAAUCACAGAAUAACCCAAUCUCAGAAAUAGACUAGAACCCAAGAUUAGCAGCAGUCCCAUUAAAGAACUCAUUCAACUCCAUCACUGAAUUUGAAAUAUAUAUGCAUGUAUCUCAAUAUAUGUCUCAUAUGCAUGUGUGUGUAUGUAUAUAUAUAUAUAUAUAUAUAUAUAUAUAUAUAUAUAUAUAUAUAUAUAUGAUGGAAUAGCUUUGAGGAAAAAAGAAUACACAUAGAGCCUGAAAGUUUUUCAUGUAUUCUUAAUACAAACUGUCAUGUGUUUUCAAGAGUGACAAUUUUCACUUAUGGUAUUAUGGCAAAUAGUGAUAAUGUUUUUAGCAUUUUUGGAUUUUGAAUCUUUUAAUUUUGUAUUAAGGAUGCCCAAUCUAUUUCUUCAUUAAAAAAUUAUGUAGUUCUUGAACUCACAACUGUAAAAAGUAUAAUUGUAUCUCAUUCUUACUUGUGGGUUCUGGUUCUGUUCUGACUCCUCUGCCUUGUGAGAGAACUGAAGGCAACAUCUGUCCAGAAAACACUACUUUUUUUUUCUUAAAUGUGCUUAUAAACCUAACCCAGUAUUUUUUUUUAAAAAAA